UGUUUCUUGUACAAAAAAAUAGCUAAAAAACAACAUCAAAGUUCUAAAAAAGCAAGCCCAGAUUCCAAUAACACAUUGUUUCGUGCAAUGAUAUGCUCAUUCCGUCUCUUAAGUCUUCUGUUAUCAUUUCAUGGAGGCUCCACCAGUCAUCAUUAGCAUCGCCGCUCAUGGCCUCAACCUAUUCCCUUUAUCAGAGCUAAAAGAAGAGAUCAGAAAAGCAAAUAUAAAGAGACUAUAGCAGUUUCACUCAGUUCCUCGUUUUUAACUGCUGAAAAUCUUAAAGGCUAUGGAGACUCGUUUGCCUGAGCGGCUUGAGAACAUUGAAGAAGAUGAGUGCUCUGAAGGUUUGAUCUCAGCUUCAUUACCGCCACCAGAAACUCCCAUAGAGACAAUGGAGUUUCUAGCGAGGUCUUGGAGCCUUUCUGCCACUGAGCUCUCUACAGCUCUUAGCAACAUGCUUCCUCCUGCUCGAGGGCUUCAAAACCAUGGAGUAGAGGCAGGAGAAAAGCAUGACAAGCAGGUUGUAGAGUCCACAUUAGACUCUAGUCCUCCCUUCUCUUCAAGAGAGAUUGAAAACUUUAAGUUCCUCAGAGGUGCUUCACGAUCUAAAACAAUGGUUGGGUGGCUGAAAGAACAUAAACAGAGAAGGCGAGUAGAGGCAAGGACAAGAAGUGCACAAAUAUAUGCAGCUACUUCAGUAGCUGGAGUAGCUGCUGCAGUUGCUUCAACUGCAGCUGGCUCAGUCUUUGCUCCUGAAUCACUCACAGCUAAAUCAAAUAGCUCAUGUAAAACUAGUGCAGCUAUAGCCUCAGCAGCAGCCUUAGUAGCUUCCCAUUGUGUGGACAUGGCUCAGGCCAUUGGAGCAACUCGCGAGCAGAUUUUAGCUGUUAUUCACUCUGCUGUUAACGCACAAACAACUGGUGAUAUAAUGGCAUUAACAGCAGGUGCUGCUACAGCAUUGAGAGCAGCAGCUAUAUUGAGUGCGAGGUUACAGAAGGAGACUAAUGGAACAUUGCUUAUAGGUGAGAAUAAAGAAUCAGAAGGGUGUUUAUCAGCUCAGGCUUUUGUUUCCAGAGGAGGAGAACUUCUCAAGAGGACUAGAAAAGGUGAUCUUCACUGGAAACAAGUUUGUGUGUACAUCAAUUCAAAUUGGAAGGUGGUUCUCAAAAUGAAAAGCACACACAUGGCUGGAACUUUUGUGAAAAAGAAGAAAGGAUUAGUUGUAGAAGUUUGUUCUGAUAUCCAAGCAUGGCCAGGAAGGGAAGUAGCAGAUGGAAGUAGUGUAAAGGGUUAUUUUGGGAUCAGAACUCCAGAGAGAUUAUUUGAAUUUGAAUGCAAAAAUGGAUGUGAAAAACAGAUGUGGGUUAACGGUAUACAGCAGAUAAUCAAAUUUCGAGCUAAUAUGAGUACUGCCAUGUCAAUGUAAAUGUUUUUAUUAGUUAUUAAGAUGGCUUCUGUGUGACAUGGAGUGUAUGUUAAUAUUGUUUUAAGUCAAGCGAUAAGCAAAGCUAUAGAUUAAAAGAAAAUUUAUGUAUAUGUAAUAUGUAUUUUGUUUGAUUUGGAAUGUUUAAAGGAGAGAGUUAAAAGGGGUGUAAUAUCUAGCAAUAUGUAGUUGCUCUUACUGUAGGUUUAAGACAGGUUGAUGAACA